AUGGGUAUCUCACGAGACUCUCGCCACAAGCGUUCCGCGUCCGGUGCGAAGCGCGCAUACUACCGCAAGAAGAGGGCUUUCGAGAAGGGUCGCCAGCCUGCCAAUACCCGUAUUGGCACUAAGCGUAUCCAUCUUGUCCGCACCCGUGGCGGCAACCGCAAGUUCCGUGCUCUCCGUCUCGAGUCUGGCAACUUCUCCUGGGGCUCUGAGGGCAUCGCCAAGAAGACCCGUGUCAUCGGUGUCGUCUACCACCCCUCCAACAACGAGCUCGUCCGUACCAACACCCUGACCCGCUCCGCUAUCGUCCAGAUCGAUGCCGCUCCCUUCAGGCAAUGGUACGAGGCCCACUACGGCUCCUCGCUCGGCCGCAGGAGGCAGGCCAAGGCCGGUGAGAAGGAGGAGGACAAGAAGAAGUCCAACUCGGUCACCAAGAAGCAGGCCGAGCGCCUCAAGACCAGUGGAAAGAUUGAGAAUGCUGUUGAGAAGCAGUUCGAGGCCGGUCGUCUGUACGCCGCUGUCUCUUCCCGUCCCGGCCAGAGCGGUCGCUGCGACGGUUACGUCCUCGAGGGUGAGGAGCUUGCUUUCUACCAGCGUCUCCUCAGGAAGUAA